CUCACUCUCCCAAUCCUUCCCCUUCCUCUUCCCCACUUCCCAUUCUCUCUCUUUCUUAUUGUAAGUUUGCUUUUGAUUCACUUUUAGUUUCCUCCAAACCAUUAAUCCAAUUUCCUUAAUUGGGUGAACCACAGCUUUCUUCUGCAAAUUUGUUGUUAAUGGAGAACCAAUUCUUCCUCAAUGCUACUGGAAUCCCUCAAUCUCUCAUGCAUUUUGAUUCCAAUCCUUCCAUGGCGACCUGGCACCACCAGUUUUCGUCGUCCGCCAUGGAUGUUCCGCCUCAACCUCAUCUUCCAGACCUUACUCACUGUUCUUCCUCUCACCAAUCGCCACCGGAUUGUUUCCUCAAUUCGGUUCCUGAUCAGAGCUUCCAAUUCGAUUCGGCUCUGAGUUCGAUGGUUUCUUCUCCAGCGGCCUCGAAUUCAAACCUAACUAAUGAAAGCUUCGUGAUCAGACAACUGAUCGGGAAAUUAGGCGGGAAUUCCGAGGGAAGAAUCUUGGAAUUGAAUUCUACUGCCGCAUUGACUCCUUCUUCGAGUGUGGCGGAAUUUACGUCCGAUCCUGGAUUGGCAGAACGAGCUGCUAGGUUUUCGUGUUUUGGAAGUAGGAGCUUCAAUGACCGUCAAUUGACGAACGAAUUCGGUAAUUACAGAUCUCACCUUCCGAUUGCUACCGAGAAAUUAAGCCGUGUUUCGAGUAGUCCGUCGAUCAAAGCCCUCGGAUCUGAAACGAAUUUGCUAGAACAACACAAGAACAAUUCCUCAUCGCAUGAAGAUGAAUCGUCUCUCUCGAAUCCGGACAAGGCGAUUCCGAAUUCACGGAAGAGAAAGGCAAUUACAAAGGCGAAACUCAAAGAACCGAUAGUUGAAGCUCCCGAAAAGGAAAUUCCAAAGAAACUGAAAGCAGUGGAACCAAAGGAAAACGAAAAAGGAAACAUGAAAACGGAAGAGGAUUCGCAGAAAAUCGAUGAGAAAACAGCGGAAGAGAAGCAAACAAAGGAGAAUUCCAAGCCUCCAGAACCUCCAAAAGAUUAUAUUCAUGUCAGAGCAAGAAGAGGGCAAGCAACUGAUAGCCAUAGCCUUGCUGAAAGAGUUAGAAGAGAGAAAAUCAGCGAAAGAAUGAAACUCCUUCAAGAUCUCGUACCAGGUUGCAACAAGGUAACUGGAAAAGCCCUCAUGCUGGAUGAGAUUAUCAACUAUGUGCAGUCAUUACAACACCAAGUUGAGUUUCUAUCCAUGAAGUUGGCUUCUGUGAAUACAACCACCACCCGGGUGGAUUUCAACGUGGAUUCUCUGAUCUCAAAACAAAUGUAUGAAUCGGGAACCAGUUUAAGACAUCCACAAAUUUCCCCAAUAGAAUCCUCAGGUUCAAGGUUCUAUGGGCACACAAAUCCCUCUCUCCCAACCACUUCUCAUUGCUCUGUGGACCCUUUGGACUCUGUUUUACGCCAAAAUCUUCCCAUUCAACACCCUCCUCCUCUCAACUCAUCCUUCCCCCAAAAUCACCCCUCUCAGUAUCGAAGUUUUGGGGAAGACGAGCUUCAAAGCAUGGUUCAAAUGGGAUUCGUCCAAAACCAGACGCAAAACUUCAACAUAGGUAAUCAUGCAGGGUCAGAGCAAAUGAAAAUUGAACUAUGAAUCUCUUCAUUCAACACCAUACACAAAGGCAAGGCAAGGCAAGGCUGUUGUAAAUACAAGAGAUUAAUUUUCAAUCAUUCAUUUAAAAAAA